GGAGCAGAACAGGCAGACCCCCUGAAACCCACUGCUGAGGGGCAGCAGGAAGACAGGAGGGUCUGUUGGGCUUAGGUGUCCCUCCCUGGGUGGGAUGGACUCAGGCCUGACCUUCAGGGGUGCCAUGCCAAGUGGCAAAGGAAGGACUAUAUCCAUGCCCGUUUCAGACACUGAAUGGGGUGCUCCAGCGGACAUGUCAGCGCCUGGCACAGCAGGUUUCAUGGACGUGCAGCAGGCUGCACCUGGCUGGCACAUGCGCUGGGCAGAGCUGGACGUGCACAGCCCCCACGGUCCCAUCGCCACCCUCUGGCAGGCUUUGACUCAGCAAGCAGAAGCCUGAACAAGGGGGAGGAAACCAGCAAGGCCACGUGGAUACCUAGAGCGGGGCUGCCGCAGAACCAUGGAUCUCAAGUUCAACAGCUCCAGGAAACACGUCUCCAUCACUGUCCCAUCUAAGACCCAAACAAUGUCACCACACAUCAAGUCUGUAGAUGACACUGUAGUGCUUGGCAUAAACCUCAGCAAAUUUAACAAACUUACUCAGUUUUUCAUAUGCGUUGCCGGAGUUUUUGUAUUUUACCUGAUUUAUGGAUACCUGCAGGAAUUGAUAUUUUCCAUGGAGGGUUUUAAGCCCUAUGGCUGGUACCUAACUUUAAUGCAGUUUGCGUUUUACUCCAUAUUUGGCCUAAUAGAGCUUCAGCUUACGCAGGACAAAAGGAGAAGAAUACCAGGAAAAACCUACAUGAUAAUAGCUUUUCUAACUGUGGGUACUAUGGGGUUGUCAAACACUUCCUUGGGCUACCUGAAUUACCCUACCCAAGUCAUCUUCAAGUGCUGCAAAUUGAUCCCCGUUAUGCUAGGAGGAGUUUUUAUUCAAGGGAAGCGCUACAACCUGGCUGACGUGUCUGCCGCCCUCUGCAUGAGCCUGGGCCUCAUCUGGUUCACCCUGGCUGACAGCACCAUCACCCCGAACUUCAACCUGACAGGUGUGGUCCUCAUCUCCUUGGCACUAUGCGCAGACGCCAUCAUCGGGAACGUGCAGGAGAAGGCCAUGAAGCUGCACGGCGCCUCCAACUCCGAGAUGGUCCUGUAUUCCUACUCCAUCGGCUUCGUGUACAUCCUGCUGGGGCUGACCUGCACCCGUGGCCUGGGCCCCGCCAUGGCCUUCUGCUCACAGAAUCCGGUUCGGACCUACGGUUACGCCUUUCUGUUCUCCCUCACCGGGUAUUUUGGGAUCUCCUUUGUGCUGGCUUUGAUUAAAAUCUUCGGGGCCCUGCUUGCUGUGACAGUGACCACAGGGCGGAAAGCCAUGACCGUCAUGCUCUCCUUCCUGUUCUUCGCAAAGCCCUUCACACUUCAGUACGUCUGGUCGGCCUUGCUGGUUGUGCUUGGCAUCUUUCUCAACGUUUACAGCAAGAACCUGGAUAAAACAAGACUGCCGUCCCCAUGUGAACUGGCGCACCGACCCGCACCAGCCAGGACGCCCCGGCCGGCCGCACAGACAGUGUAGGUGGAGGCCACCUGGUGAAUCAG